AUGGGGCAGGUUGGCGGCCGGGAGAAGCUCGAUGAAAUUUAUUUUGUGCAGAAGGUGAAAUUGGGACAGGGAAGCUUCGGCACAGUUUGGCGAGCAAAGCAUCGAAAGAGUGGCAUGACAGUCGCCGUCAAGCAGAUGGACAAAGCCAGCAUGCCAAAGCGCGGUGUCAAGCGCCAAGACAUUGAAAGAGAGGUUUCGAUGAUGAAGGCUUGCUCACACGAGUACAUCACCAAGCUGUACGACACCUUCGAGGACCAAGCCAGCAUCUAUUUGGCAUUGGAGUACUGCGACGGAGGUGACUUUGGCGACAAGGUCCGAGAGCUUGGACCGGUCAUCAAAGAGGAGGAUACGGCUGAGUGGAUGCGACAGAUGUGCGAAGCUCUGAACCAUCUGCAUAGCAAAGGCAUAUGCCACCGGGACAUCAAGCCUGACAACUUCAUGGUUCUGGGGGACUCCACUUUGAAGCUGUCGGACUUCGGCCUGGCGGUGCACUUGCCAGCAGGCAGUAUCUUGACAGACAAAUGCGGCACGCCCGCCUUCAUGGCGCCCGAGCAGCACAUGAUGCCGGUUCAUAGCCGUGGCUAUGGAUUUCCGGUCGACAUGUGGGCGGCCGGUGUGUCCAUGUACAUGAUCAUCUUUGGGGGCAAACAUCCAUUCUUGAAUCGACGAAACGAGCUUGACCAAAGACUAAUGCUUGAGGGGAAGUUAGACUUUACGGACACUUCCUCCGUUGCAGCGCAAGGACUGGGUCUUUUCGGUCUUGGCGAAACGAUCCAAAAAUUCUCAGAGCCCGCGAGGUCUUUUUGCAAGCAGUUGGUUCAAGUCAAUCCGGCCGCGCGACUAUCGGCCGGCAAUGCAAUCAGGGUGGCAUGGCUACACUCCGGGAGGCGGGUAGCGGAGCAAAAGAGAAAGCUUGCUGAAGGAAGUCCCAGCGAUGCAGAGGCUGUUGCUGGACGCGGUGACCCACAGCCGCGAGCACGCUCAGCCCGAGGGGACACGCCAAGCCCCAUGGCAUAUCCACAGGGCGAUGGCCGCACACCAAAGGGCGAUGGCCGAACACCAAAGGGCGCCGGAAAGGGCCCAUCGGACAGGUUUGGCAUUGAAGCGCCUAAGGCGCCUCAGCCAGGUUUGCCUCCGAAAGGUGGCGCGCCAGCUGGCCAAAGCGAAUCGGUGCUGAUUCGACGAGAGUUGGAAGAGCUAAAGCAAUCAAAAGCUGAACUUGAGGCUCAGCUUGUGGAGGUCAAAAAGCAAAACAAGGACUUUCGAACUCAGCGGACAAAGGAAGUUGCGGUCCAGGAGGCGCCGCCAGAAGCCGUGCAUCGAGAGUCCCCCACCACCCUCAUGGCAGCUACAGCGCCACGUCUGCUGCCAGAAGGCGUAAAAUGCCGGUACGAGCCCACCUCGUCAACGCAGUAUCCCUUCUUGCCCGCAGUUAUACAGGGGUUUAAUGACCUCGACUGUACAUACAACUUGGAUGUGCGGCCUCAUGCGCAACCCUCGCGGAUUGCCCCGGCGAAGGAGAUCACGGCAGAGCAGGCGUGGCCUCGAGGGACACUCGUGAACUACUUCAGUCAGCAGCGGGAGCAGCAGGGAGCCGGACAGUCCUCCAUGCCAGCUGUUGUGAAGUCGUUCAAUGAGAUGGAUCAGACCUACAAUCUGGACAUCCGCGAUCACGCAGACUGUGACCGAAUUCGAGUUCGCGUCAUCCCGAGGGAGGUGGCUGAAGCAGCUGACCCAGGGCUGACCUCGGCCAUGAUGAGGCCAGCCCUGGAGAAGCGCUGCACGAAGCAGCUGAACGGCCAGGAGGUCGGAAAGCUUCCGGAAGAGGUGCUCGAGACUGAUGCUGCCGCGGCCGAUGCCGAGGUGCUUGGCAGACCACAGCGUAUCGGACAAGGCUACUGGUGUCAUGUCCCAGAGCAUGACCUUUUUGCCCCGGUUGUGGCCGUCCGCGGCGGCAUCGCUGAGCUCGACAUCAGUGGCAGCAUGACCGAGCUCAAGCUGGAGGCCUUGCGAGCUCCCAAGCAGGAAAGGUGGGCAUGGCCAAAGGGCACCGAAGUGAUGUAUCACAGCGGCUCCCUGGGCAAAUGGAUCAUUGCGCAUGUCGAGGGCUACAAUCGCACCAGUAGCACCUACAACCUGGACGUGCGCCAAGAGGCGGACCCAGAGAAGGUCAGACCUCGCUAG